AUUUUCAGGUGGUUUGCUGUUCGGCAUAAUGGGGAAGAAGACAAUAAAGUAUGGCAGAGACCCAGUUGUGCUGUUGGCAGCCUUUGCGCAUCUAGCAGCAUUCUUCCUGAUAUUUCUCAACUUACCAAAUAAUUCUGCGUUUGGACCAACGUCUGACGAGGCUUACAUAACAAGCAGGAUGUGGUUGGCGUUGUUGUGCAGUUACUUGUUGGGUCUCGGAGAUGCAUGUUACAAUACUCAGCUUUACGCUAUUGUUGGGAGUCUCUAUUCAACUGACAGCGCCCCGGCCUUCGCGCUUUACAAAUUCGCACAAUCUGUCGCGGCUGCGAUUGCCUUUUUCUACAGCUCGCACGUCGGACUUCACGAUCAGUUACUGAUCCUGACGGUGUCUUGUCUGAUUGGCACAUUUACAUUCUGGUUGGUGAUCUGGAGGUACGAAGGAAGAACCAGAGGAUAUUCUGAAAUUCAGGCAGAGGGUCGUCUUCGUCGGGACUGA